AUGAAGGUGCUGUGUGUUGCAGAAAAGCCAAGUAUUGCCAAGAGCAUUACCCAGAUCCUCUCAGGUGGAGAUUCAACCUCGCGUGAUGGGUUUCACAAGUACACUCGCAACUUUGACUUUAGCUACAACCUUCCUCCACCUCUGGGACCGCCCCGCGGAGGGGCCGACUUUACGGUCACAAGCGUGCUAGGACACUUGACGGGCAGCGACUUUGACGAUAAUCAUCGGAAAUGGGGCUCGUGUGACCCGUUUGCCCUCUUUGAUGCUCCGAUCAUCACCUCCAUCUCGUCCGACUUUAAGAAGAUUGAGCGCAACCUCCAGACAGAAUCGCGCCGUGCCGACCUCCUCAUGAUCUGGACCGAUUGUGAUAGGGAAGGCGAGCACAUUGGAUCCGAAAUCGCGGCUGUCUGCCGCAAGGCAAACCCUAGGAUUGUGGUCAAGCGUGCGCGCUUCAGUGCGAUUAUUGCUGCGCAGAUCCACAAUGCCUGUCGUACGGCAGAUAACCUCGACAUGCGCCAGGCGGACGCCGUCGAGGCGCGCAUCUGCCUCGACCUGCGUAUUGGCGCUGCGUUUACGCGAUUCAUGACGACAACACUCACAGCCAGGGUCCCCGAGCUCAACGACAAACUGAUCAGCUACGCGUUUGUCCCCGAGCCAUUCUGGUACAUCGCCGUCUCGUCAACUCGUGAGAGCGAUGAGGAAGGUGGCGAGCCGACCGAGGUGGCCUUCUCAUGGCGCCGCAACCACUUGUUCGACCUCCCGAUUGCCAUGAUUCUCUACGAGCAAUGCAUCGAGCGGCCAAUGGCAACCGUCAUUAAAGUGGAGACCAAGCCGACGAGCCGCUGGAAGCCACUUCCCCUCACGACUGUGGAGUUGCAGCAAUCUGGAUCUCGCCUGCUCGGCAUGACACCGAAACGUGUUCUGGAUCUCUACCAGAAGGGUUUCCUAAGCUACCCACGUACCGAGACCGACCAGUACGACAAGGACUUUGACUUUGAGUCUCUCAUUAGGAAGCAAACACACGACAACGUUUGGGGCGACUAUGCCCAAAAACUGCUCGACGGUUCGUUUCAGAAACCUCGCAACGGCAGGAAGAACGACAAGGCGCACCCCCCAAUUCACCCCACCAACUCGGUCAACAAUCUCGACGCCGAUGAGCGCCGCGUGUAUGAGCUUGUAACUCGUCGAUUCCUUGCGUCAUGUUCUACAAACGCCGAGGGAAAGCAGACGACGGUAGAAAUUGAGAUUGCUGGCGAGUUCUUCUCGGCCAGCGGCGUAGUCAUUCUCCACCGCAACUACCUCGAGGUGUACCCUUACGACAAGUGGUCGAGCAACCCCAUUCCAGACUUUCAAGAAGGGGAGGAGUUUAUGCCCUCUGUCUGUGAGCUCAAGGAGGGUGCCACCAGCCGGCCCAACCUCUUGACUGAAGCCGACCUGGUCGGUCUCAUGGACAAGAACGGAAUCGGUACCGACGCCACUAUCGCCGAGCACAUUGCCAAGAUUAUCGACCGCGAGUACGUGAUUGCAAAGUCUGAACAAAAGACAAAGUAUCUUGUUCCCUCCACGCUCGGCAUCGGUCUUGUCGAAGGCUACAACGCCAUCGGCUUUGAUCGUUCUCUCAGCAAGCCCCACCUGCGCCGAGAGACUGAGCACCGGAUGCAGCUCAUCUGCGACGGCUUACAACGCAAGAGCGAGGUCCUGGAUGCCAGUGUCGAAGAGUACAGAGAGGUCUAUGUCAAGGCAAGGCGCGAGUUCAACACUGUCAUCGAGUCGGUCUGUGACUACCUCAGCGGCGAUGGGGAAGCUGCAGAGGCUGUCCGAGCGGCCGCACGCGGUCGCGGUGCUCGUGGAACCCGCGGAACACGAGGAGCGCGCGGUGGACGAGGCGGAGGUGCGGGCGCGGCCGGUCGUGGUCCCCGCCAAGACGACAAUGAUGACGACGAUGAUGAUGAUGAUGAUGAUGAUGAUGACGACGACGACGCUCCACGCGGUGGUGGACGAGUGACCAGAGCAAGGGGCACGCGCGGCACCCGCGGUACAAGGGGCAGCACGUCGACUCGAGGCUCUACCAGAGGACGUGGAGGCGCAUCGGACGCCGGGUCCACAAGGAAACGCAAGUCUGCUGCUCUUCGAACGUCGCAGUCAGCCGCCAACCCUGGCCGACAGUUCUACACCUGUCCCAACCCGAAAGACGAGCAGUGUGGCUUCUUUGAAUGGGCAGACUCUGAACCCCAGGCCGGCGGGUCGCGAGGUCCCGCCCCGCCCAAGAGGUCGCGUGCCGGGCCAUCAAACCAGGAUGCACCGAGCCGUCGCAACGGCACUGUGCGCUGCGAGUGCAAGCUCGAGGCUAACCACGUUCAAGUGACCAAGGAUGGCCCGAACCACGGCAGGUGGUUUUGUUUCUUUGAGUGGGAUGAGCAAGGCGGAGACGUUGGCGACUCGUUCUCCGGGAGAGGUGGCGGCGGCGGUGGUGUCGGAGGAAGUGGACCAGGAGUCUGGCCACUGGUCCAACGCUUGCCCGAGCGGUAG